GCAGAACCAGUCACCCACAUGUUGUCCCUUCCAUGAAAACCCACCUCUAUAAAACUCUUUUGAAUCACAUCAUUCUUUCCCGUCAAAAUAAUUCAUUUGGAUAGUCGUCUUCAACUGCUUCUUCUCUGAGAAAACUUAUCAAUUUGUUGAAGAUUCCAAUCAAUGGUGUCGUACGAGAAGGAUCUCAAUCUGAAAGCAACUGAAUUGAGAUUAGGGUUACCAGGAAGCAAUGAGCCUGAGGAACAAUUGUCUCCAAGUGUAAAGAGUAACAACAAGAGAGCCUCACCGGAGACCUAUGAAGACAGUAGUGCCAGCGUUGCCGAUCGAGACAGAACUCCUCCAGCAAAGUCACAAGUAGUGGGAUGGCCACCGGUUCAGUCAUUUCGCAAGAACAGUUUAAAGAAAUCAGAGGCAGAUGCUGCUGGGAUGUAUGUGAAAGUAAGCAUGGAUGGAGCUCCAUAUCUUAGAAAGAUUGAUCUCAAAUUGUACAAGAGUUACCCAGAACUCUUAAAGGCCUUGGAGAACAUGUUCAAGAUCAAGAUUGGUCAAUAUUCAGAGAGGGAAGGCUACAAUGGAUCUGAAUAUGCACCUACUUAUGAAGACAAAGAUGGUGACUGGAUGUUGGUUGGAGAUGUUCCAUGGAAUAUGUUCAUCAACUCUUGCAAGAGACUAAGGAUCAUGAAAGGGUCAGAAGCCAGAGGCUUAGGUUGUUUGUGAAUCAGAGAGUCUGACCAAGGAAGAUAGAACUUUUUUUCUUUUUCCAUUUAGCUCCAUGAAAAUACAGAGAACAGUGAAGGAAAAUGAGGAUUGGUCGAGAUCCAAAUUGUACAAAGGAAAAAAAAAAAAAACUUUUACUUCACUGUAUGUUAUAGAUUGGAUACAUAUCAAUAAUCAUAUACGAGGAUCGAUCGGAAAAUAGUUCAUACUUUGUGAGAUUGAAUUUUGGGUUCAUUAUACAUAUUAUUAUUCUUCUUGGUUACAA